ACUGUAAGUUACUGGCAUUCUUAUAACUAGCUACUAUGGUUUGGUUUGCUAUUUCACGUCCGUGCAUGUACCUUUUGUUUGCUUGUUUUUUAAAGGGGGGUUACUUGUUUUACUAGUAGCCUAGCCUAAGCUAAUGUUUUGAAAUUAUAUCUUUUUCCGAGUCAACUCUUUACUGGAUACAUAACCUUGUUUGUGAUGAGCCUCCACACUAAAGAUGUCAAUGAGCGAACUAGAAUGCUUCAGACGCUGAAAACUGAAACAGAAGAUAUUAAGAACAGGCUGGUUGCAGUAUCUGCUAGAUGCCAUGAACUGGAGAACAUGAAAUCAUUUGCAUCACAGGAUUAUAAACCCACAUCAGAUGUUGAAACAAUUCAAGAACUUUUGCGAGAUGCUUUGGAGAAGAACCAGCAGUGGCUGGCAUAUGAUCAGCAGAGAGAAGCCUAUAUGACGACAGUGUUGACAAGGCUCCACCUCCUAGAACAGCAGCAGGGUCUGCCCCGUGGAGCCUUCCAGGAGCGACCUCCGCACACAGCACCUGAUAUAGACACAGCACGGAAUUCUCUGGCAGCACAGCAGCAGCAGUACACUGAAGUCCUGCAGAAAUGCGAGGAACAGCUCGACCAGGAGUUUGAAAGCAUCGCUCAGGCACAGAGAGAGGUGGAACACCUGAAGAGGGAGGCGAAGGAGACACACCAAGAGGUCUGCACAGUACAGGGUCUGCUCCAGAGCAAACAGAACGAUCUGGAGCGAACACAGAUGCACAUCGACGACAAGAAGGUUGAGCUGGACAAGGUGUGGCAGCAGAUCAAAGAGAAGAACGGAGAUCUGAGUGAGCUGCAGGAGCUGCUCCACACAAAGUUUGCUGAGCUACAGGCACUGCAGGCCCAGAUUCAGGUCACGGAAGGUGAACUUCGUGAAUUGCGUCUGGAGAAGAGUCAGAUACAGAAGCAGCUAAAAGACCACAAGGCAGAACUGAGACAGGACAUGACACUGCAAGAGGUGUUGCACAGGCAUCAAGAGGAACAGGCCAGGACUGCCAGUCUGCAGAAGCAGGUUUCCUGCCUUGCUGAUGAUGUACAAGAGCAGAAAUGUGAAAAGCAGCAUUUGCAGAAGCAACUCCAGAAAGCCUUGAAAGAUCUCAGAAAAGCUCACAGCUACAUAUCCAAAUUAGAGGAUGAGGUGGAUAAAGUUCCAAGUAAACUUGUCAGCUGUGAAGAAAAGCCCCAGGCGGUGCAAGAGAGGCAGGAGGUGCAAGAGAGCCACGUGAGGAGGAGUUAUGAAAGCCCCAGGGCAUCUCCAGGACUGCCCAGUCCCCUGGACGAGAGCUUCUUGGAGUGUCCCAACUGCCAAAAACAGUAUCCAGCCAGUCGACACAGAGAGCUCGUCACUCAUCUUGACCAGUGCUGUAGAUAAUGUUAAGGUUCUGUCAGUUUGUCUAAAUUAAUGCAGCAUGCUAUGGCAUCUCAUGACAAGAGUAGUUUCCUACAACUUGAUGUGAUCAUUCUGUUUCAUUUACAAAUCAACAGCACAUUAUUAAAUACACAACUUUCAAGUAUUUUAUGAUAUGCAAACAUGUUUUCAUAUGACAUUUUGCUUUCACAAAAUAAAUUCCACUCACUCACUGAA